AUGUCUCGUCAAAAUUCAAAUCGUUCGUUCCUUCCACCUCAUCAUGCAUCAUCCGAUAAUGCAUCUAGACGAUUUCGGCCAUCGUCAACACAAAAUGAUUUUUCCUAUUCUCAAUAUUCAUCACAAAGACAAAUGAAUCAUAAUAAUCCCUAUGCAGGAUUACCAUUUAAUCAUGCAACAACUGCAUCAUCAUCGACUCCAUACUAUCAUUUUGAAAAUUCAUCAGCAGCUUCUUUUGCACGUCAUCCACCGUGGUUUGACUAUGAAACGGAAGGUCGUAAUAACCCAAUACCACGAUCGUCUCAUCAAAAUAAUCAUACAAAACGUCAACGGCGAACCUCAACUGCUGGCGCCGCUACUGCUGCGCCUACUACUGCAUCAAACUUUCAAACAUAUCAUCAUCGUGAACCAAAACGUUCAAGAAAUGAUGAAAAUCAACGAGUACAACAUAAUCAUUCAUUAAAUCAUCAGUAUUCAUCAAAUAAUACAAAUCAACGAUCUCGACAAAGCCAACCAACUAAUCCUACAGCUCAUUAUGUUCCUUAUUUUGCUCGUUCAACGAACUAUGGAUCACAUAAUUAUUCUAUGCAACCACCUCGUCAUUUUCAUCAUCAACAAUCACCUGUUAUGACUUCAAAUAAUCGUCAUUCAGCAUUUUCUUCUCAUCAACGAAGUGGAAUAUCAUUUGAGCCAACAUCGCAUCGUCCUCCAUCAUUUCAUCGAACAUCCAUGACUACUCAUAUACAUCAACAACCAUCAUCUUCGUUUCUUCUAACUGAUUUACUUCAUCGUGUUAUUGAUGCACAGGCAGCAUCCUACUAUGAUAAUUACGUGCAUUAUCAUCCAUCUUUUGACAUGAUUUCGUAUGCAUGGAUGUCUCCUAAUCAUGAAAUAUUUUCUUUACCAACUACAUUUAAUAUUCAAUUUGGUGAAUUUUUCGAUUCGAUUAUUCCUGACGAGACGCCAGUAGUUGGUUUAACUGAUAGUGAACUUGAAAAAUUACCGACAAUAAUCCAUAAAAAAAAUUCAACUAAUAUUAAAGUCGAUGAUAAAUGUUCUAUAUGUCUAAGUGAAUAUAUAGUCAAUGAGAAACUUAAACGUUUACGAUGUAAACAUUACUUUCAUAGUGAAUGUAUUGAUCCAUGGCUCAAGACAUCAACUCGAUGUCCAAUUUGUCGAGGUGAACAAACAAGAUAA